AAAGUCCCAUACACAGUUCACUCAACCUUCCAGAGAAGCAGAGCAGAGUUUGCGGGCUGCCCAGGGUGAGCAGAACCCAUGGAGAAGUUCAAGGCAGUGCUGGACCUGCAGAGCAAGCACCGCAGCGCCCUGGGCUAUGGCCUGGUGACCCUGCUGACGGCUGGUGGGGAGAAGAUCUUCUCCGAAGUGGUGUUCCAGUGUCCCUGCACUGCCACCUGGAACCUGCCCUACGGCCUGGUGUUCCUGCUGGUGCCCGCGCUCGCGCUUUUCCUCCUAGGCUAUGCGCUGAGCGCUCGCACAUGGCGCCUGCUCACUGGCUGCUGCUGUGGGAGCGCGAGAUGCAGUUCGUGGCGGCGCAGGGCGUUCGUGUGCGCUCAGCUCAGCGCGACCGCGGCGCUCGCGCCCCUCACCUGGGUGGCCGUGGCGCUGCUCGAGGGCUCUUUCUACCAAUGUGCUGUCAGCGGGAGCGCGCGCUUAGCGCCGUACCUGUGCGAGGGCCGCAACUCCAGCUGCAUUACCAAGCUACCGCAGAUUCCCUGCAACCAGGAGGCGAAAAUGCAGGAGAUCCGGAGUCAGCUCAAGGCUCAGUCUCAGGUGCUCGGUUGGUUUCUGAUAGCUGUUGUCAUUAUUUUACUUCUCGUUGUUAAGUCUGUGACCCGAUGCAUCUCUCCGGUUAGUUAUCUGCAGUUAAAAUUCUGGGAAAUCUAUUUGGAAAAGGAGAAGCAGAUUCUUCAAAGUGAAGCCACAGAACAUGCAACCCAGUUGGCAAAGGAAAACGUUAGAUGUUUCUUUGAGAGCUCGAGGCCAACUGAAUGCAAAACCCCAAGCAGUAAAGACUGGGAGCAAAUCUCAGCAUUGUACACAUUCAACCGCAAGAACCAGUUCUAUAGCAUGCUGCACAAGUACGUUAACAGAAAAGAAAUGAGCGGCAGUCUCCACUCUGCGGAAGGAGAUGAAAUGGUCUCUGUCCUUGGCUUUGUAGAUGACGCUUCCAUGGGCAACACUCACAAAGUAUGAUCUUGCACAAGAACAGAAAAAAGUUUUUUGAAUUAUUGCUUUUAUGUAAAAAAUAAACAUUGGUAUGUUUUAAGGCUGUUUCUCCUAA